CCUUAUUAUCCCGGAAACACUUUGUUAAAUCGCCCUUCGUUUUAGUUUCGCCUAUUAAGAGGAAUUACUACAAAGUCUGGAAACAAGUUCUUACUUAAUCUCGCAGUUUUUAUUUAACCGGGCUCUAGAAGCGGACUUUAAUUCAGACAGACCAGUGUGGGUUCGAACCCGCUUCAUGGUACUAGUCGUUUUUAGCUGUUAGCAUUAGCACACACGCUGCUCUACGCCGACAAUGUCAACAGCUCCUGAACCCACCGCCGCCUCGUCAAAGUCCAUUCAGGCCUUUAAGAACUGCUGGAGCUGCAGAGUCAUCUCAGGAGGGGGUCUGAUCCUAUCUGGAGCUUAUGUGUUCAGCGCAGCUCGGAGGGUGAUGCGGCAGGGGGCUUCCAUCUCCAUGGGGACGGUGGCGCAGAUCACAUUCGCUGCAGGUCUGGCCGCUUGGGGACUAGUCAUCAUCACCGAUCCGGUAGGAAAAGCGCAGAGGAAGACGACAUGAAUGAAGAGCUAACGGGACGAAGCCCAGAUGAGGACAAAAAGAGACGUCACCUGAGCACCUGCAGACAUAUCGAUUGGAGCAAAAAUGCUGCUUUCUAUUUUUGGACCAUGUAAAUAGUCACUGCAUAGGAGCUUUACAUUCAACUUAAGCUUGUGAUGAUUAUUUAUUAUGUAGCCACGUCGACAACCAAUAGAACAAGAAAAUUACUACCAGAA